CUUGUUUAUAGUCCAUCCCGAGAUCUCAUAGAGACUGGUCAUGUAGCGCACAGUGACAAAGCCAACAAAAUAUUCCACCAAAUUAAAACUCAAUGUAAUUAUUGGUAAUAAAUAACAUAUAAAUACCUGUUUAGUAAGACUGUGAAACCAUAAGGAAAACAGUGUAAAACAACAUGAGGUUUCAGAUUUUAUUGACAAUAGUCUGCCUGACUUUAAGAAUAGAUUCCCAAAGUCUGAAGCCGACACGGACUUCUAAUAGAUAUGAACCUGGAUCUGAACAGUUAUUUUUCGAAGAUAACUUGCCCAGGAAUUAUAAUAGAAAUAACGUGAAUCUGAGUAGUGACAACGCAAAAGCCAGCUUACAACAGGCGCAGACGCAGUCCCUUAAUGACAGUCACUUGCGAGCUGAUCACCAAGGACAACGAAACACAAGAAAUGGUAACAAACAGGAUGAAAGAUUUAAGAUCGUAAAUAAAGCAGUAAUUCAAAAUGGUAACUUACAGAAUCAGUAUCAAACAAUUAAUCAAAACGAUAAUACACAGAGUCAAAACCAAAAUCAAUUUAAUCCGAAUUUGGACCAAAAUUCAAACUACCAGUUUCAACAAAGCAUAGAACUUGCACCGCCUUUGCAAUCAAGUCAAGAUUAUUAUUCCAAGCAAAAUUUAAAGCAAUCAAAUAUCGGUGGUAUUGACAACAGCUAUACAACUCGAGCCAACGUCGUUCCUGUGCCUCAGAGUUCCCAGCUGUUGAAUAUGACCAAUGAUAUAAAACUUGCGUCUGCGGUUAUCUCACAUGUUGGUAUUUUCAUGAUGAAGAGUGCAAGAGAAAAUCAUUCAAACGUUGUGGUUUCCCCAACGUCUGUGGUGAAUAUGCUGGCGCUCCUGCAAGCUGGCGCAACGGGCGUGACUCAAGAACAGGUCUCGAAUGCAUUGAGAUUGUCGCCAGAGAAGUCAGCAGAAGCAUUUCGACUUAUGAAUACCGAGUUGCGGAAGCGAAGUACCGAACGAAACAUAUUGCGAUCGGCGAGCAGUAUUUUCGCAGCAGAUUCAUUCGAACUUAGUCGUGAUUUCAAGAAUAUUGCCAUUCAAAACUUUGGCAGCGAAGUAUCAAGAAUCAGCUUUGAUAACCCAAAUGCUGCUGCCCAGAAGAUAAAUUCUUGGAUUGCUAGUAAGACUAAUGACCAGAUCGACAGGCUGGUAUCACCAGAUUCCAUCGGUGUCAAUACUCAACUCGUGCUUGCCAAUGCGAUAUACUUCAAGGGUAUAUGGGAGACCAUGUUCAAACCGUCAGAAACGUCACUGCAGGACUUCAAUCUAAGCAAUGGUAGCAAAAAAUCUGUUCCAUUCAUGACGCUGCGGAGUGGCUUCAGGGCAGGUGUAGACAAGGCUAAUAAAGCCCUUGUUAUCGUUUUACCUUUUGAGAACAAUGAAUAUUCCCUAGUCAUGUUGCUGCCAGUUCCUGGCGCCGACGUAUCAGCUGUGUUGACGUCGCUCGACGGUGAAACGCUAGCAAACUACCAGAAUUUACGGCGCCAGGAUGUUCUUCUCGAAAUACCGAAAUUCACUGUCCGUAGUAAUGCUAAUCUGCAACCGAUUUUCGCGAAGAUGGGAAUCACAAAGAUGUUUUCUCCAACAUCGGAACUCAGUCACAUCGGCCUGUACCGUGCCAAUUCGCCCCAAGUCUCCUCAGCGGUUCACUCCGCCAUGAUGUCAAUAGAUGAACGGGGUGCCACAGCCGCCGCAUCUACAGUGGUUGCAGUUGUAGCAUUGUCAUUCGACAACCCGUCCGUUGUGUUCAGAGCAGACCGGCCGUUUUUAGCUGUGCUGUGGGAUAAUCAGCUAAACGUGCCUUUGUUCAUGACCAAGAUUGAAGACCCUUCACUGUAAAUUUACAUCUUGCCGAUUUUUCUAACGUAAUUAAUAAGAUUAGGCUAAACAAAUUUGAGUUGUAGGUAAUUUACUUUACGAGUCACAUCUUGGUAAUCCACAAAUCUACAUUUUCGUUCUUAGGAUGGUGCUCUAGGUCUGAAAAAGGAAUAAUUUGAAGUUGUCUACAAUGUGUUAACUUAGAUUGGCUCGUAGUAAUGUUACUUACGGUCUGAAAUACUCGUUAAUUAUUACAAAUAUUAUAGGUUUAAAUUUAUAAACAAACUACAACAAACAGUUUACAAAUAUUUAUAUUUAUAAAUAGGUAUUAUAUGUCAACAUGCGUAUAACAUGGAAAUCGAGUUCAGACAUUAUGAGAAAAUUAAACUCCAUACUAGUUAAACAUAUAAAUAAAAUCUGUAAUAUACAACAUUAAUAUUUCAUAAUAAUUCAUUUUAAUUCGUUUCUUUAGUGAAUUAGUUCUGGAAACGUCAUUAUAUUGUGCUUAAAAAUUAAGAUUGCUCGAUAAUAAAAAUAUAUUUUGGCACAAGCUUCAACAUGAGCUCGAGAGAGAUGACCAACAAAUCCUUAAAGCCUCUUACGUUCAACGAUCAUAAUAAGUCUUGAUCUCUGCAAUGGAAUAAAUAACUUGACACCAAAAA